GCCUCUCCUCCCUCGGUCCCCUUGGCUCUUAGAAGAGAAACGAACAGCAUCUCCAGCUCUCGCGCGGAAUUUUCUCUUCAACUUUCCCGACCGACGACGUGGAACCAGCGUCAACCUUUUAAUGCACAGCCCAGCCACAGGAUCGCCUGCCUUCUGCUCCUGCUCCCUCCUGGGUAUUCUGUUUAUUUGAUGGUUCCUAAGCUCCGCGGAGAGCCCUCUUCCCUCCUCCUGCUCCCUCCGUUUCCUUGAGUUAGUUUUCUGAGGUUUUACCAGGGCUCAAGAUCUCUUGGACCGAAUGGAACUUUUCGCUGCCUCCUUUUGCUGCUGAUUCUAUCAGUGGACAAGGAAAAAGGCUUCCAAGGCAGAAGAGGCGCAGGGGAGGUGGAGAAAGAGGUGGAGGAAGAGGACGAGGAGGAGGGGGAGGAAGCCGAAGGGGCUCGGUGUGUGUAUGUGUGUGCAUGUGUGCGCGCGUGUGUGAGUGCAUGUGUGUGAGUGCUGCCACUGCCCAGGACCUCUGGCCCCGAAGGUGUUGGCUGAAAUAUGGAGAAUAGUCUUGGAUGUGUUUGGGCACCCAAGCUGGCUUUUGUACUCUUCGGCGCUUCCCUGCUCAGCGCGCAUCUUCAAGUCGCCGGGUUCCAAAUUAAAGCGUUCACAGCAUUGCGCUUUCUCUCAGAACCUUCUGAUGCUAUCACGAUGCGGGGAGGCAGCGUCCUUCUAGACUGCUCCGCAGAGUCUGACCGAGGAGUUCCAGUUAUCAAGUGGAAGAAAGAUGGCAUCCAUCUAGCCUUGGGAAUGGAUGAAAGGAAGCAGCAACUUGCAAAUGGGUCUCUGUUGAUACAAAACAUAUUUCACUCCAGACACCAUAAGCCAGAUGAAGGACUUUACCAAUGUGAGGCAUCUUUAGGAGAGUCUGGAUCCAUCAUUAGUCGGACUGCAAAAGUUGCAGUAGCAGGACCACUGAGGUUUCUUUCCCAGACAGAGUCGGUCACAGCCUUCAUGGGAGACACAGUGCUUCUCAAGUGUGAAGUCAUUGGGGAGCCCAUGCCAACCAUACACUGGCAGAAGAACCAACAAGACCUGACCCCAACCCCCGGCGACUCCCGAGUGGUGGUCUUGCCCUCUGGAGCACUGCAGAUCAGCCGCCUUCAGCCAGGGGACACUGGAAUUUAUCGCUGCUUAGCUCGGAAUCCAGCCAGCUCAAGGACGGGAAAUGAAGCAGACGUCAGGAUUUUGUCAGAUCCAGGGCUGCAUAGGCAGCUGUAUUUUCUGCAAAGACCAUCCAAUGUAGUAGCCAUUGAAGGAAAAGAUGCCGUCCUGGAGUGUUGUGUUUCUGGCUAUCCUCCCCCGAGCUUCACCUGGCUACGAGGCGAGGAAGUCAUCCAACUCAGGUCUAAAAAGUAUUCUUUACUGGGUGGAAGCAACUUGCUUAUCUCCAAUGUGACAGAUGAUGAUAGUGGAACUUACACCUGUGUUGUCACGUAUAAAAACGAGAAUAUUAGUGCCUCUGCAGAGCUCACAGUCUUGGUUCCGCCUUGGUUUUUAAAUCACCCCUCCAAUCUCUAUGCCUAUGAAAGCAUGGACAUUGAGUUUGAAUGUGCAGUCUCGGGAAAGCCUGUGCCCACUGUGAACUGGAUGAAGAAUGGAGAUGUAGUCAUUCCUAGUGACUAUUUCCAGAUAGUGGGAGGAAGCAACUUACGGAUCCUUGGGGUUGUGAAGUCAGAUGAAGGCUUUUAUCAAUGUGUGGCUGAAAAUGAGGCUGGAAAUGCUCAGACUAGUGCACAGCUCAUCGUCCCUAAGCCUGCUUUCCCCAGCUCCAGUGUCCUCCCUUCAGCUCCCAGAGAUGUGGUCCCUGUCUUGGUUUCCAGUCGAUUCAUCCGUCUCAGCUGGCGCCCACCUGCAGAAGCAAAAGGGAACAUUCAAACGUUCACGGUCUUUUUCUCCAGAGAAGGUGACAACAGGGAACGAGCAUUGAACACAACCCGGCCGGGGUCCCUUCAGCUCACUGUGGGAAAUCUGAAGCCGGAAGCCAUGUACACGUUCCGUGUAGUGGCCUACAAUGAGUGGGGACCAGGAGAGAGUUCUCAACCCAUCAAGGUGGCUACUCAGCCUGAAUUGCAAGUUCCAGGGCCCGUAGAAAGCCUGCAAGCUGUAUCUACCUCACCUACCUCAAUUCUCAUUACCUGGGAACCCCCUGCCUAUGCAAAUGGUCCAGUCCAAGGUUACAGAUUGUUCUGCACUGAGGUGUCCACGGGCAAAGAACAGAAUAUAGAAGUUGAUGGAUUAUCUUAUAAACUGGAAGGCCUGAAAAAAUUCACAGAAUAUAAUCUUCGAUUCUUAGCUUAUAAUCGCUAUGGCCCAGGAGUAUCUACUGAUGAUAUAACAGUGGUUACACUUUCUGAUGUGCCAAGUUCUCCACCUCAGAACGUCUCCCUGGAAGUGGUCAAUUCGAGGAGUAUCAAAGUAAGCUGGCUGCCUCCUCCAUCAGGAACACAAAAUGGAUUUAUUACUGGUUAUAAAAUUCGGCACAGAAAGACGACCCGCAGGGGUGAGAUGGAAACACUGGAGCCAAACAACCUCUGGUACCUGUUCACAGGACUGGAGAAAGGAAGUCAGUACAGUUUCCAAGUGUCAGCCAUGACAGUCAAUGGCACUGGGCCACCUUCCAACUGGUACACAGCAGAGACCCCGGAGAAUGAUCUGGAUGAGUCUCAAGUUCCAGAUCAGCCAAGCUCUCUUCAUGUGAGGCCUCAGACCAACUGCAUCAUCAUGAGUUGGACUCCUCCCUUGAACCCAAACAUCGUGGUACGAGGUUACAUUAUUGGCUACGGUGUUGGGAGUCCUUAUGCUGAGACAGUGCGUGUGGACAGUAAGCAGCGAUAUUAUUCCAUUGAGAGGUUAGAGUCAAGUUCCCAUUAUGUAAUCUCCCUAAAAGCUUUUAACAACGCAGGAGAGGGAGUUCCUCUUUAUGAAAGUGCCACCACCAGAUCUAUAACAGACCCCACGGACCCAGUUGAUUAUUACCCUUUGAUUGAUGAUUUCCCCACCUCGGUCCCAGAUGUCUCCACCCCCAUGCUCCCACCAGUAGGUGUACAGGCUGUGGCUCUUACCCACGAUGCCGUGAGGGUCAGCUGGGCAGACAACUCUGUCCCCAAGAACCAAAAAACGUCCGAGGUACGACUUUACACUGUUCGGUGGAGGACCAGCUUUUCUGCGAGUGCAAAAUAUAAGUCAGAAGACACAACAUCUCUAAGUUACACAGCAACAGGCCUCAAACCAAACACAAUGUAUGAAUUCUCGGUCAUGGUAACCAAAAACAGAAGGUCCAGCACCUGGAGCAUGACAGCACACGCCACCACGUAUGAAGCAGCCCCGACCUCUGCUCCCAAAGAUCUGACAGUCAUUACUCGGGAAGGGAAGCCUCGUGCUGUCAUUGUGAGCUGGCAGCCUCCCUUGGAAGCCAAUGGGAAAAUUACUGCUUACAUCUUGUUUUAUACCUUGGACAAGAACAUCCCCAUCGAUGACUGGAUUAUGGAAACAAUCAGUGGGGAUCGGCUGACUCAUCAAAUCAUGGAUCUCAACCUUGACACUAUGUAUUACUUUCGCAUUCAAGCUCGGAAUGCCAAAGGAGUGGGGCCCCUCUCCGAUCCCAUCCUCUUCAGGACUCUGAAAGUGGAACAUCCUGACAAAAUGGCUAAUGACCAAGGUCGCCAUGGAGAUGGAGGUUAUUGGCCUGUUGAUACUAAUUUGAUUGAUAGAAGCACCCUAAAUGAGCCACCCAUUGGACAGAUGCAUCCCCCACAUGGCAGCGUCACCCCUCAGAAGAACAGCAACCUGCUUGUGAUCAUUGUGGUCACGGUUGGUGUCAUCACAGUGCUGGUGGUGGUGAUUGUGGCUGUGAUUUGCACCCGACGCUCUUCAGCCCAGCAGAGAAAGAAACGGGCCACCCACAGCAUCGGCAAAAGGAAGGGCAGCCAAAAGGACCUCCGACCUCCGGAUCUUUGGAUCCAUCAUGAAGAAAUGGAGAUGAAAAAUAUUGAGAAGCCGUCAGGCACUGACCCCACAGGAAGGGACUCUCCCAUUCAAAGUUGCCAAGACCUCACACCAGUCAGCCACAGCCAGUCAGAAACCCAAUUGGGAAGCAAGAGCACCUCUCAUUCAGGUCAGGAUACUGAGGAGGCAGGGAGCUCCAUGUCCACCCUGGAGAGGUCACUGGCUGCACGCCGGGCCACCCGGGCCAAGCUUAUGAUCCCCAUGGAUGCACAGUCCAGCAAUCCUGCUGUCGUGAGCGCCAUCCCUGUGCCAACCCUAGAAAGUGCCCAGUACCCAGGGAUCCUCCCGUCUCCCACCUGUGGAUACCCCCACCCGCAGUUCACUCUCCGGCCUGUGCCAUUCCCAACACUGUCAGUGGACCGAGGUUUCGGAGCAGGAAGAAGUCAAUCUGUGAGUGAAGGGCCGACCACCCAACAACCACCCAUGUUGCCCCCAUCUCAACCAGAGCAUCCCAGCAGUGAGGAGGCACCAAGCAGAACCAUCCCCACCGCCUGCGUCCGACCAACUCAUCCGCUCCGCAGCUUUGCUAACCCUUUGCUACCUCCACCAAUGAGUGCAAUAGAACCGAAAGUCCCUUACACACCACUUUUGUCUCAGCCAGGGCCCACUCUUCCUAAGACUCAUGUUAAAACAGCCUCUCUUGGGUUGGCUGGAAAAGCAAGAUCCCCUUUGCUUCCCGUGUCUGUGCCAACAGCCCCUGAAGUGUCGGAGGAAAGCCACAAACCUACGGAGGAUUCAGCCAAUGUUUAUGAACAAGAUGAUUUGAGCGAACAAAUGGCGAGUUUGGAAGGGCUCAUGAAGCAACUUAAUGCCAUCACGGGCUCAGCUUUUUAACACAGAUCGCUGAAUUGAGGAGGUGAAUUUUCCAGGAACUUUGCAGCAUACCAAUUGCAUAUAAACAGCACACCCGUGUCCAAGAACUCUAACCAGUGUACAGGUCAACCAUCAGGAUCACUCAGCUAAGGAAGACCCUGAAGCAGUUGGGAAGGAAUAAGCAUCUCUUCUUUCAUAGGCAUCAGAAAUUGUAAAGUGAUGACUAUGAUGAGGUCCCCACAAAAAGCAAAGAUGCAUCUUCACUGCAGUGUCAAAGCUGAAGCUUCUAGAACGGUCCUGGGUCUCUGCCACUACGGUGACCACACUGUCAUAACUAAUGCCUAUGUUUCGCUUCAUCAAGGCCUGUCAUUUGACAUGUAGGUCUAGUCUUACUAAAUGCAAGUGCAUUAUUUAAGCCUGUACCAUGCCAUGGCAAACCAGUGCAAGCUCAUUCUUUGUGUUCAAUUUUAAAGUACAAAGCAACCAUGGGAAUUCUCUCACACAUAGCACCAAAGGAUUGGAUGCUUUCCUGACAGCACAAGAAGUAAAUAAGUAAACAAACAAAAGGCAGAGAAUGCAUACGUUUGUAACUCAGUCUUUCAUCCUGCGCAAGGGGUGGUUAUUAGCAAGUGGCUGUAAAAUUCACCCGUUUGGGCAAGUAUUUGUAAAUCCACCCUUGGUUCACAUUUGUGUAUGGAGGACAGGAACACAGAAAUCUCCAACUAGAGGCAUCCUGCCAGCAGCAGUACAUUUCCAAAAAGAGGAUGCAAUAUGCAAUCUUCUCAGACACACGGUAUUUAGAUGCUUAAGCAUGUAAUAGGACACUUUUCAAUUUGGGUGGCUUUUGUGCCAUACCUCACUGUGAUGCCAUGCCGAGGCCACCUUCCUCAGGAGUCUGGCCGGGAGAGUUUCCCCUGUCCCUCCACACCAUCCUCCCUGAAUUCUCCUUGGCAACUAGCCUUGGGUGAGGUGGUCAGCUCCACACACUGGAUGGCUUCUUUGCUAACGUCUCCUGCCCACCCCCACCCUCACCCCAUACCCCUCUGGAAGCAGCAGACUCCCUAAGAACAAACCCUGAGGAAGGGAAGAAAAAUAAAAGGUAGUUUCUAACAGUACCUUCUCUUGAAUGAUGCCAAUUCUGCCCAUCAGUGUUGGCAAGUGUUGACUACCAGGCUCUGUUGCCAAGGGAACCUUCUACACCAUAGCUGUGCCAGAGUCACCGAGAGGCAGAGGGCUGGGUGCCACUUGACACUUCCAACACAUCGUAAACCCACUGGAUACUUUCUGAAGCAGCGUCUUAAACGGUGGGCUAGAAUUUUAAACUUCUAUUGCCAUGUUUAUCUACAGCUGAAACGAACUGAAAUUAAGAACAUUUUGUGUGCAAACUUUUACUUUCCGAAUUUUCAGCUGUAUUUGGAGUUAAUCCCCUUUUAUGCAGCUGAAGUGCCAAAAGGGAGCUAGUUUGCAUAUUUAUCAGUUAGGAGACUUGAAAAUCCAAGGAAAGAGUUUCAGCUGAAUUAUUCCUUUCAGCUCUGCCUUGGAUUUCAAGCUUGAGUAGGUCAUAAUUUUAAAAAAGCAUGGAAGGGACAGGAUCUUACAACCUAAUAGCUCCUUUUAUUAGGUGGGUAAUUAUAUAUGAAUCCCUGAAUGAAAUAUUUUGAGCAAAAUGGCACUGUAACAGAAGUAAUAAUUCAGAUUAUUUUUUUACAGUUUUAUGUCGGGAAGGAAAUCUGAUGUCAGAGAAGGCUGUUCAAAUGGUUCAUUAGAAAGUCCGGUCCAUUUGCGAAAUUGUUCCUUCUACAAGAGUGCUCUUUCAAUCUAAGAUUUUCUGGAAGUCCUUUGGAAGAGCUACGUGAUCAUAUUCUAUGGGACAGAUUACUCUUGCUUAGCAUGUGGGCACUUAGGUAGAACACCCUCCACUGACCUGGAAUAAGGCAUUUCUUAAGAUAAUAGUGAAUUCUUCAGAAAUACUCCAUUACUUUCAAAAAAGAAAAAGUUUAUCACGUCAGCCUAACCUCCUGUAGGCUCUAAAACAGCCUCUUCUUUGUAAUACGAACAAACAGGAGCAUUCUCAGAAGACAUUCAUAGCAUGGGGAGCAUUCUGCAUGCUCAACUUGGAGUGGGCUGCAAAUCACAGAUUUUUAGGGGUUGAAUAAAAUUUCAAUCUGUAAAAUUACAUUGGACAAUCAAUAGAAGUAGCAUUUUCAUACAAUUCUAGGACCCUCCAGUGAAAGUCAAUGACUUUUGGAAGUAAAAAUUUUAAAGAUGCAUUAAAAGUAUAUGUGAAUAUUUUUUAGGGGGAGUUACAUUUCUGCUGCAUGCUCCCAAAACCUUCUUCUUGACAUAAAUACAUGGUACAUGGUUUAUUUUAGGAAUGAGUGAAGCCAGUAAGUCUUAGCAUUAUGCAUUUAUGUGGUAGAAUCCAUUUAAAAGACUAUCAUCAUUUACUUGAUGGUUUUAACCCUCAAUGACUUCGCCACGUUUUCCAUAUAACUGCCCCCUUCCAUGCUCUGCACCCUCAAAUGGUUCACAUACAUGUACAACCCCAUCCCUGCUCAUGUUAUCUGGUAACUUUCCAAUCCCCAGGCCCUUGAUCUCUCAACAAGAAACCUGUGAAUACUAUGAGAUUGCUUCUGUUCUGCUCCUCCGAGUCUAGUUCAUGGCAUGCAGGUCUUUUUAAGCUCAUAAAUCUCUCUGACUCCCAUAGGGCGAUACCUGACAGCCAACCAGUAGCUCUGACACCAGGAUUCAUUUCUCCCUGAAAAAGGAGAAAAUCAAACUUGGCAGAGCAGUCUCAGGCCUCCCCUGCAAUAAACUGAACUGUCAGGCAAAAGCUUCCUCCAAAAAAAAAAAAAAAGGUACUUUAUAUUUCACCCAAAUAAGAAAGCUGCUUUCUUUCCUCAAGAAAUGUCCAUGUUUGUUAUGAACUCACAAGAACACAGGUAGCUCAAAAUGUGUAAAGAAUAUUUGGAUGAUGCUCUAGCCAAAAGUUAAGUAUUUCUCAGUAAUUUAUAUCCAAUAAGAAACCAUCCAUAUUCACCUCUGUAUAUAACAGAGCUGUAAGCGCCUAGAAUAUUUAAAUAAUAUAAGGUUACAUUUGGGUGUUACAAAUGCACAUUCAAUUGAGCAACUUGCAAAGAAAACAAUACCAAGCCAAGUAGAUUUAUUAAGGCUUCUUGUUGACUACAACAUUAGUUUCUUCAAAAUCAGAAUUAUUCAAAAUGAGAUAUAUGUUCAGUCACCUGCACUGGUUCCAGCUAUGAAAGGAGACCUGGGUGGCAUUAGGGUGACAUUCCACACAACAUUUUGAAACUAUAAAAUUUGGCCUUCCUUGGCUUUUCCAACAAAGAAUCUCUCAAGUCCAGGCCUUUCUGGAAACUGUCAGUGUCUGCUCAUGAAGAUAAUGACUGGUACUUCUCCACUUGACCUUGUUAAAGCAUCUUAAGGAUGUCUCCAGAUUUAAUAGAGUGUCUUAGACAUGACAGCUGGACUGUAAGGCCAAUAAAAAGUUACCUCUCAAGAUAUCACUUUACUACUUUAGAUAAAAAUUGUAUCCCAGACUCAGACUUCUUGUUGUUUUGGAAUGUACAUUUCUAGUCAGUGAAAGGAAGGAAAAUAGAAAAGUUCCCUAGUUUUAGGUGUGUCUAAACAAAGAAAAACUAUCCAAACUCUAAAAGAGAUGGGAGCAGGGCUGCCUUCCCUGACACCCCUGGUUCACUUCCAAGGGGCAGUCCUGCAGCCAGAGCUUCGUUUCCCAACCUGUUCAUAGCCAUUUCCACAAAUAUGGAGCCCACAAUCUUCCAGAGCUUCUAUACCCUCUUUUUAAAACUCACAAUCAAAGCAACACUUUAGUCAUAAUUUAUAUUUUCAUAGUGACUUUUCAGAAAACACUUCAGAGUUGUGCAAAAAAACUUUAUACUUAAGUCCAGUGUUUUAACUAAAAUCAGAUACUUUGGAAAAUCAUGUAUAGGUAUUUUAUCUGAUAUUCCAUUCCAAUGAAUAUAAACACCCAUCCUUCAAUAUAACUUGCCAUCGAAACACCUACUUGCAAAAACUAUUGAUUCUGAAAAGAAAUGCCUGUUUCUUGGUCAGCGAGGUUAUACAGGAGACAAAAUACCACGCCCACAUCCGCGAGGGAUGUUCUGUCAAUCUGGGCUCUCCCCAGCAAUGCCGGCUGGUUGGACUUCCAUUCGCACUCCCCGAAGGAUUUUUUUCUCUUGCUCUCAGUAGAGAGCCUUCGUACAUUGUCACCCUAUGAUUUUUGUUGGUAAGAGAGCAACAGCAAAACUCUACAAGAUGUCACAAAGGCGUGGGCCAAGGGAUCUCACUGUGUGCUAAACGUGUAUUUUCGGAGGCAAGAAAGGAAUGUUGGAAAGGAAGAAAAAAUGCUGUUUUUUAUUAUUGUAAGGUCAACUCGACAAUUCUGAACUUUGCGGAUUGUCAGCUUG